GGCGCACGUACAUACAAGUCGAUCACGGGCUCGCGUCCGCCUAUCAUACAUCAUGGCGACUACAGUGGACAAGAUCAAAGCCAUCGAAGAAGAGAUGGCGAAAACCCAGAAGAACAAGGCCACAUCGUUUCACUUGGGACAGCUUAAGGCUAAGCUUGCUAAGCUGAAGAAAGAGCUGUUAGAACCAUCGGGAGGAGGUGGUGGCAGUGGCGGUGCUGGAUUCGAUGUUGCCCGCACAGGUGUAGCCUCUGUAGGCUUCAUAGGAUUUCCCUCCGUCGGCAAAUCAACCUUGAUGAGUAGACUUACUGGACAGCACUCGGAAGCUGCUGCGUACGAAUUCACGACUUUGACAACGGUUCCCGGGCAAGUGGUCUACAAUGGUGCGAAGAUCCAGAUGCUAGAUCUGCCAGGUAUCAUUCAAGGUGCCAAGGAUGGAAAGGGUAGAGGAAGACAGGUCAUCGCUGUGGCCAAGACAUGCCAUCUCAUCUUCAUCGUGCUUGACGUGAACAAGCCGCUCACAGACAAGCGCGUUAUCGAGAACGAACUCGAGGGCUUCGGAAUCAGGAUCAACAAGCAGCCUCCGAACAUCAAAAUCACGAAGAAGGACAAGGGUGGCAUAUCGAUUACAUCAACAGGACCUCUGACACAUAUCGACAACGACGAGAUCAAGGCUGUUAUGAACGAAUAUCGAAUGGCAAACUGCGAUGUGGCCAUCCGUUGUGAUGCCACAGUGGACGACCUCAUUGAUGUUAUCGAGGCCAAGGGACGUGCUUACAUCCCAGUCAUCUAUGCACUCAACAAGAUCGACGCGAUCAGUAUCGAAGAACUGGACCUCCUGUAUCGUAUUCCCAAUGCUUGCCCAAUCUCUGCGGAACACGGCUGGAACGUUGAUGAACUGCUGGAGCAGAUGUGGGAGAAACUCAAUCUACGGCGAGUCUACACUAAGCCUAAAGGCAAGUUACCGGACUACACGGCGCCAGUAGUCUUGCGGAGCACAAAUUGCACAGUCGAAGCAUUUUGUAACGCUAUCCACAAGACUAUUGUGGACCAGUUCAAGAUCGCGAUCGUGUACGGCCGCAGCGUCAAGCACCAACCGCAACGCGUAGGUCUAUCUCACGAACUUGCUGACGAGGACAUCAUUACGAUCAUCAAGAAGUGAAACGUCUCUGGGAUCUUUGCGUCUCAACAGAAUGCCACUGCAAUCUUCCCGAGGGCGGACUCCGAUCAGGCGGUCUCCAGCGACCUGCCGGCUUGGCGGCGUGCUCUCCUUCCCUGCUGCUACUUUGCCAGCCACAUUGGAGGUACCAUGCCAAAGACUCUGGGCACUGCACGAGAAGAGUGUGCGGCCGUCUUGACACGAUCGAGAGAAUAUCGGUGCUUCAAAUGUGCGAUCUGGGUCCUAAAUUCGUCACGCUUGACUUCUGAUUAUGCGCAGACUGCAUGAUAAGAUGCAAAUGAUCAGAUCUGGAGCACACUUUAUUUAUUAUGAGUGACGAUGGGACGAUACAUGAUAGAUUGCAAAAAUAUCAAAAACGUAUGAAGAUACCGGGUCCUGUCGAUUGUACGUACUCGGUUCUCCGACUUGUAUUACUGGUCAUGGCAACAGUUGGCAUCCGUAAGCUCAAUCCUCGCAAGACGCUCUUCACUACCUAACAAGAGAUCUCGUGUGCUUGUGCGACUGGUACUGGAGCUCCACCUUCUCAAUUCAGGCGACGAGACACAAUUGCGCAAUUCAGGCCACGAACGGCGAUGGGAUAAGUGCAACUCCUUCGAGAGCACAAAGGAGCAAUGACAGCUCAGCAAAGAUAACGACUGGUAUACACGGUAUGACUCUGGUCGACGAAUCG